AUGCCCGGGAUGCGGAGGAAGCGGUACGUCCACAUGACCUUCUUCUGGGGGAAGAAGUCGGAGAUCCUCUUCACGGGGUGGCCCGGCGCGGACGGCGGCAUGUACGCGCUGGCCCUCGUGGCCGCUGGACGCGCUCCUCCCCGCCGCGUCGGCGGCGGGGACGGGCAGGCGGCGCACGCGGCGGUGCACGAGCUGCGGACGGGCGGGGCGUACCUGCUCAUGCUCGCGCUCAUGUCGUUCCACGGCGGCGUGCUCCUCGCCGCCGUGGCGGGCCACGCGGCGGGGUUCCUGGCGUUCAAGGCCGGCCUGUUCGGCGACGGGCGGGCGCGGGUGGAGGACGGGUGCGGCAAGGAGGAGCUCGCGCCGGCGGCGUGCUGA